GUAACAUUUGGUGUUUUCAUUGAGAGCCCAAUGGCUAUCUUCCAUGGAUGUCAUACUAGCUCCAGCCACUGCAACCCACACCACCCGCCGAAUCACCCCUUCACAUGCCAUCCUUUCCACACAGCUAUCCACCAGCAACCAUUUCUGCAGCACCUAUCCCCUUUGUUUCCGCACACCCCUCAUCCUUUUGUACAUCCAGUUCAAUUCCUUGGGAUUGAUUUUGAGAGCACCCACAAAAUGUUUGCUAUGCUUGUUCGAUAUUGAGGGAACUCCUCCUUCAUUUCAACACCCACCUCGAAUGACGGACGCUGAACCUUCUCCCGCGGGCGUGGACCGCCUCGAGGCUGCCAUGGCCAAAUUUGUUGUAGCUCAACUCCGCCUCGAAUCCACACUCGAUACCCUUCUUCUAAAACUGCCUUCGAGAAUUAGUCACCAAUACCAAUCUUCUUCCUCCGUGCAGUCACCACCGUCGCCUCCGCCUUCCAGGCCAACUACGCCUUCAUGCCUCGUACCAAUGCAACACAACCAAUCACCCUUGCCGACUCCGCCGCCCAUACCACCUCCGUCGUCCAUGUCGAAUCCACCUUCACUCCACGCACUCAUACAGCCGCAUCCCACACCCUUGUCGGCUCCACUUUUCAUUGUGGUCGUUCCCCUCCUUGCUAACAGCAACCCCCACGCGUCCUUCAACCGCCGCUAGAUCACCAUUUCCCAAGUCCGCAAGGAGUAUCCCAGUCGCUGUAAGGAGCUCGACCACUCCUUCCUCUUUUACGCUACUAGCGACGUUGCAAAAUGGCUCGAUUUCCACAACACUAAUAUUCAUUCGCUCAUUCCUUCACCCAUUUUAAUUUGGGAUCUCGGUUCGAAUUUGAAGCCAUAUUUUGAAACCCAACUCCUUGAGGACAAUGUAUUUUUUAUGGGCUCGGGAAUGAUACAAAUAACACAUGGGGUCUGCAAGAAGCAAGCUCUACGAGGCCCAAAAGAAAGGUUGCACCUCCAACUUACUUAAGGGAGUACGUCCAGGGUAGCAGAGGCCUCAUGCAUCGUACGUCGAAGGCAUCGUGCAGUAUGUAGUAGGCUCGAAUCCACCAAAUUGUGCCUUUUAGUUAGUGGGAAAUAAUAGGAAUAUCAUUCUGUUAGGAUAUUCGAGAUUUGCACUUAUCUUUUCGUUAUUAUUGUCGGGAACUUGUCCCCGAGUAUCACACUAUAUAUGUAUGAAGCGCUUCCUUCAAAAUAUAAGAAAAAUACUAAAAAAGUUCUCUCUCUUCUUCU